GCUCAACACAUAUAAGUCUUUACCCUGUAGAAAGAGAAGCGCACACACCACUGUAGGAGGGAACACUGGCAGACAAGAGCCAAAAACAAAAGAAAAACAGCAAGAAGAGGAGUGAAGGAGGGUCGUUAACAUGGCACAGAGCUGCUGCUGGAUGCUGCUCACACUGUCUCUGAAAGGUAUUCUCGCAGGUGAUUGGUCAGUUCAUCUCCCCUCCAGUCCCAUCUGUGCCGUGAUUGGUUCUUCCGUAGAGCUCCCUUGUUCCUAUGACUACCCCCAGAGCUCCAAUGAAACCAGGGGACUCUCUGCUCAGGAUGCUGAAGAAGGACAAGAGUAUAAAGUUUUGUCAGAAAUGUGGUGCCUUGAAGACAGCCGCUGUGUGACACCCAGAUAUGUGUUCCACAGCGCUCGUAUCUUCCCAGAUCCGUCCUUCCAGAACAGGGUGCAGUAUCUGGGACAGCCAGGAACCAAGAAUUGUUCUCUGAGGAUCUCUGAUCUCAGACCGUCAGACAGUGGAACCUACGUGUUCUAUCUCAUCACCAGCCAUCCAACAGAGAAGAUGCCAGAGCAGAGCGGCAUACAGCUCCUGGUGUCCGAUUCUCCCAGUGCAGUCACAGCGUUAGCAGCGCCGUCCUCUGGCCUCACUGAGGGUGCAGCUGUACGUUUGGCGUGUUGCAGCCCUGCAGCCGAUCCACAGACCAGCUUCAGAUGGUACAAAAGCACAGGCAGCAGCCAACAACACAAUGGACAGACGUGGAGUAUCAGCAAAGUUACAUCUGAUGAAUCUGGCAGCUACUACUGUCAGAUCCAGACUGGAGAUAAAGUACAGAACUCAACGAUGCUGGCUAUUGAUGUGCAAUAUUCUCCUCGAAACACGGCGGUCUCAGUCUCGCCUCCCGGAGAGCUGCAGGACGAGCUUCCUGUGAUUCUGACCUGCAGCAGCGAUGCUAACCCACCAGUACACACAUUCAUCUGGUACCAGGGAGCAGCAUGUCUCCCUGCAGCAGACAAAAGCUUUCAUCAAGGAAGACGAAUCGUGGCGACGCCCACAGGAAGAGGCCUCAGCAGUGCCAGCAUCACCAUUGAGGAAUAUGGGCAGCACUGUUGUGUAGCGCACAACAGACACGGAUCACAGACUCACAGUGUAACACUGAGAGGUUCUAAAUCACUGACCCCAUCUGAGUCUUCAGGAAACAGAAUGGUUCUUAUCGGAGUCACCAUUGGAGUCCUGCUGGCUAUUAUAGCAAUAAUUACUUUUCUCAUGACAAGGAAACGAAAGUCGUCCAGACAUCGGUCAUACGUCCUCACUGAAACAAGAACUACAGAACCCUAAAGACUCAACAAGACCAGGAAUUACAAUCACAUCUCCAACACCUAACACCCAAGAGAGAUCUUUUUACAGCACAUAUACCUAAUACAGGACAAUGCAGCCACCCUGAUCUUUUCUCCCCAAUGUCCUCUUGCUGUGUUGGUUCCCUUUUGGCCUGCAUGAGUAAACACAAGAAAGGAAACCUGACCAUCAUGUGAUGGGCAUCACUGCACAUUUAAGCAAACAGGAUGCAACACAGACGUUAAAGCACUGAACUGAGACAGGAUGAAGCUGGGUUUCAGCAGACAAACAGUUUAAUUUUAAAGCGGACAGAACUGAAAAUGGGAUCUGGUUACUUGUUCCAUUUUUAGUCCUUUUUCUCUGUGGAUGAGCUAAAUACCACUGUCAGGAAUUAACCAAGAAAUCUUGAAAAGUAUUUAUUGUAAUAAAAAUUCAGAAAUAAAAUCUGUUCCCUUUCUAAUAACCAA